CUUCGAUCAAACCAACACAACCUUCGAGGAGCAUGUUGUUUCUCUGUCCGUGUAGAAAGGAUUGGCGCAUGCCAAUGGUGAGGGCCUGAGGUGCUAACACUGCUAUGGACCGCCUGGCCACGCGGGGCAGGCUGUUGUGGGACUGCGGACAAGCGUUCCUUAGGAGACGUCCAGAAGGACUGUUGCGUAUCUUGGGUCGCUUUGAAGGGAGGUGCUUUGAAAAGGUGGGAACGGGGCCAGUCCUCGAUCAUUCAAACGAGCAACUUCGAGGGGAAGAAGCAAAAAAAGCCAGCCACACUGGCUCUCUUAUUACUAGUCCGCCCCUUGGCUUUUUGCCAAUCGAAAACUUUCUGCUUCAAACAUCAGCUUUGUUGCAACAAACUCAAAACACGCAGCAUUGCUUGGAUCCCUCUCUUUUUUCCAGAGCACUCCAUAGCAAUUCAGAGCCUAGAGAGAUUGGUACCGGACAACCUGCCCGUGACAGUUCCCAAAAGAAGUCCAAAAAAGGGGGCCACCAAGAGACACUUGAGAGGCUACAGAAGGUCAAAUGGGCGCUCUAUGAACGGAGGCUGCCGCCAGAGCUGCGCAACAGAGAUGACAUCAUCAAGUCAGAGGCAGAGCUGGUGGGCGUGGUCGAACAGCGGAUCCAGCAGUCCAUGCGGGAAGGCGACUUUGACAAGUUGCCUGGUCAUGGGAAGCCCUUGGAAGCCCAGAAGAAUCCGCACAUAGAUGCCGCUGAAGACCUUGCGUCGCGCGUCCUGGGCAACAGCGGCUUUGCCCCCGAGUGGGUGACGCUGAACAAGGACAUCCGGCAAGCCACCUCCAAGUGGAGAGCGGCUUUGAAGGCGGCAUGGCUCAGGAAACGUGGCACGUCUGCAAAGGAAGUAGAGACGAGCUGGGAGGACGAAAGACCAAGGCUCGAGGCGGGACUCGCAGAGAUCAAUCGGAAGAUACUCCACUAUAAUCUGAUCACUCCAUUUGGGCGACAAAUGAUGGGCCGCAAAAUGGAAAGAGAGCUGGAGUGGCUUCGGGACGAGCUCCAAUCGCUCUAGGAAAAGGCCGUUGCGUCGUUCUCGUGAAGAGCACUUUUCUGUCCAUACUUUUCUGUCCAUACUAGGUCUUUGCAGAUAGGCUUAGCUCUAUCAGGUAUGUGCACGCGUAAGUUCAGGACUUAGCAUAGGUAGUCUGUAACAUCAUGCUUGCUCGAGAGCCCUGGCUGGCGUUGACCAAGGUCGGGUUCUCAAUUUGUCGCUUCGAAGAAGUAUAGAUUCAUUCUCAACGGGGCUACAUGAAGGAUCGAGAACCGUACAUUCAUUAUGCAGCAAGCCGUUACAUGAAUCGGAGCGAACUAAGCCGUCUGGAAAAGUAACAUAGGUUGAGAGGCUGAUCAAGCUUCAGGCUUCGAUCGAGCCAAUGGAGUCCAAUUUGAUUUGGCGAUCCUACCCG